AUGUCUCGCCGAGUGCCGAGAGGCGAGUACAUCGAGACCGACACGGGCAACAAGGUCGCCCGCAAGGCGACCCUCGUCGGCACCCAAAACAUCAUGCUCGGCGGCAAGACCAUCAUCAUGGCCGAGGCCAUGAUCCGCGGCGACCUCUCCCGAGCCGGCACCGCUCCCUCCUCCUCCUCGUCGGGCGGCGCCUCCGCGCCCGCCAACAACACCGCCGUCGCCAUCGGGCGCUACUGCUUCCUCAGCCGCGCGUGCUGCCUGCGGCCCCCGGGCCGCAUGUACAAGGGCGCCUUCACGUACAUGCCGCUGCGCAUGGGCGACCACGUCUUCGUGGGCCAGGGCAGCAUCGUGCAGGCCGCGAGCGUGGGCAGCCACGUGCACAUCGGGGACAACGUCGUGGUCGGCGAGUUCGCCAUCAUCAAGGACUACGUGCGCGUGCUGGACGGCGCCGUCGUCGCGCCCAACACGGUGGUCCCGAGCUUCAGCGUCGUGGCGGGCCAGCCGGCGCGGGUGGUCGGCGAGGUGCCCGAGGGCGGGCACGAGGCCUUCGAGCUGCGGGAGCUGUACAAGACGGUGGGCAACAACCCGCAACCGAUGCCUGUGUGA